GACGUCUCUUGUCUCACCUCAUCUGAGAACAUCAUGCUACCAAGAUUGAUGCUGUCGGUCGCUCUACUCCUUUUAACAAUGGGAGUUAUAUUGUCGAAGGGGUGCGAGUUGGAUCAGAUGCGAUACGGAUGUCGCAUCUACAAUGCACAAUGCAGUUGCGGCUACGGCUGCAAAUCCGAAUAUAGAUAUGACAACAAUGAUGAUUGCAAGUUAGCGCUGAAAGGAAGACGUAGCGACAUAUGCUCUCGAUCGAAACCAUGCCUGAACGAAGGCUCGUGUUCCCAAAUAUCGUCGGAGCCCGGAUUUAAGUGUCGUUGCGAAGGAACUGGAUUUUAUGGCACUUACUGCGAGACACCUUGUCCACGACCAGACAAUACACUUUUCCGAGGACAAUUCCCUUACGAGUGCGUCGUGAUCUAAUUCCAAUCUGUCCUCUUAUUUUGAUCUGAAAUUCAAAUUUGUCUUAAUAUGAUACGUACAUACAGGGAAAGAAACGCAUUUCAUAAAGCAUAUUUACACACAUCUUUGUACAUACAUAAUAAAUAUUAAAACACACAGAUGAUA